AUUUAAGUCACCUCUGCUUGCCUUUCCAGUAUCAUGGAUGUGGAGAAAGCCUUUGUGCAUCUGAAGACUCCUUUCAGUUUCAGCCAUGCUUUUGAUACUCCUGAUCCAAGCUCUGCUCUCCAGUGUCGUUUGGAGUCCUGUGAGAACGACAGCCAUCUUGCCUCCUUCUCUGCCUCUCACAAUGGAGUCACUCAGCGGUGCCACUGAAACUGGAGACCCCAAACAAACCUCCACUGUUCCCCUUGAUCAGAACCCAGCGACAAAUGAAACCAAUCCAGUUGCAGAUGGCGGGAUUGAAGCAAAUCAAUCAAGGCUUGCUAGAAAUACAGGAGAACUGCAAUUUUUGGAAGGGUUAAGUGGACAAAGGAGGGGUACCAGAGCCUUGGCUGCUGUAGUUGAACCAGCAUCCAAUGCUCAAGUACAAGAACAUGUUGGCCUGAAUUCGUCUUAUACACAGGGUGAGGUUGGGAGCACUGUCCCUAGUGGCCUUCAGGGGCUGAAGGGAGACAAAGGGGAUUAUGGAGAACCAGGCCCAAAAGGUGACCCUGGAGUAAAAGGAGAUCCUGGAGAGAAAGGAGAAACAGGCCAAGCAGGCGAGACAGGAGCACAAGGUUUGGAAGGGCCACCAGGGAUUCAAGGGCCUCCAGGAAUGAAAGGAGAUCCAGGCAUCAAUGGAAUGGACGGUGUUGCUGGAGAACCGGGACUAAUUGGACUUCCUGGCCGAAAAGGAGAGAAAGGACAGAAAGGUGACUGCAACCCAGUUGAAUCCAUCGCAUUCUCUGUUGGUCUUCUGAAAAGAAGAAGCUUUCCCUUGCCAGGUUCCCCAGUGAAAUUUGAGAAGAUUUUCCUGAAUGAGAACGAAGCCUACCAUGUUGAAACUGGCAUGUUUAUUGCAGGCACAGGGGGUAUCUAUUCUUUCAGUUACCACCUGAGUGUUUCCAACAAAUCAUUAAGGGCUGCACUCUUUCAUAAUGGCCAAAGAAUUCUCCAGUUGUCUAGUGUGAAGGAAUCUCCACAGGGUGUUACUCAGGUUUCUGGAUCUACUUUGCUUCAACUCUCUGAAGAUGAUGAAGUUUGGCUUCAGGUUUUGAAUGGCUCCGAGAAUGGCCUGAUGGCAGAUGAAAAUAAUGAAUCUAUAUUUUCUGGGUUUCUUUUGUACCCUGAGUACAAGUAUUCAAGCACUUCUAGGUUUCCCUCUUGCCUUUGUCAGUCCUGGCAGAGCCGCUGUUACCACUCUACUGUUCUGUUUGCCGUAGUAAUAAUGUGGGGCGUAAAUUGGCGUUGGGCCAUCUUCGUCAUAAUGAACAUUGUCGCUGAGCUGAACAUUGAGGGUAAAAGUACCCCAUCCCCCAAGCACACUAAGAUCAAAGCCAUUAAAAUGGAAGUCACUGAAAGUCUUGACACAUCUGUUGCUGCACCUACUGAAGAUGACCUUUUCACAGAAAUGGCUGAAACCAGCGACACGACGACAGAGCUGUCCACACCAAACUACGCCUUCAGAACUGCCACCACACUCUUCCCCUUUGAAAACUUUACCCUUGAUUCGGCUGACUUCUUCUUUAACUGCUGUGAUUGCUGUACUCCAACUGCAGGGCAGAAAGGGGAACCCGGAGAACCUGGCCUGCCAGGGUUGAAAGGAGAGAUGGGAGAAAAAGGCCUUCCAGGUCUAGCAGGAAUUCCUGGACUGCAAGGCCCCAAAGGAUUCAAAGGAGAAAAAGGAGAUAAAGGAGAACAUGGUGACCAAGGAGCAAAUGGAAUCCCAGGAUUUGCAGGCAAACCAGGAGAACAAGGUGAAAUUGGACUUAAAGGCGACAAAGGAAACUAUGGCCUGCCUGGAGCGAAGGGUCAAAAGGGUUCCAAGGGGGACACGUGUGAGAAUGGCACCAAAGGCGAGAAAGGAGACAAGGGGGAGCUGGGAUUGCAAGGGAUCGAUGGGGAAAAUGGAGACAAAGGAGAAAAGGGGGAGGUUGGCGAGAAGGGUUAUUGUGGCGACCCUGGCGAGAAGGGGGAUAAGGGAGAAAGAGGGGAAAUGGGAUUAAAAGGGGAAAAGGGCAUCAAAGGAGACAUGGGAGUAGACGGCAUGCAUGGUGUGGAUGGGAUAAAAGGAGAAAAGGGUGACCCAGGUAUCAGAGGUGAAAAAGGAGACCCAGGCCCAACUGGGAUGAUGGGACCUCCUGGGAUGAAAGGAUUUCCUGGUUUCAAAGGAAUCCGGGGGGUUCCUGGGAAAAAAGGUGCAAGAGGGCCCAAAGGUUCAAAGGGGGAGACCUCAAGCACUCCAAAAUCAGCUUUCAGUGUGGGCUUAUCCAAACCUUUCCCACCCCCGAAUGUUCCUAUUAAAUUUGACAAGAUUCUAUAUAAUGACCAGGAUAGUUAUAAUCCUUUGACUGGGAAAUUCAACUGCAGCAUUGCUGGGGCAUAUAUCUUCUCUUAUCAUAUGACCAUCAGAGGGCGGCCUGCUCGAAUUAGUAUUGUGGCCCAAAACAGGAAGAUGGUCAAAACCCGGGAGACUCUGUAUGGUCAGGAGAUAGACCAGGCUUCAUUCCUUACGAUUUUGAAAUUAAAUGUGGGGGAUCAGGUUUGGCUGGAGGUUACGCGGGACUGGAAUGGAGUUUACGUUAGCGCGGAAGACGACAGCAUAUUCUCUGGCUUCCUUUUGUAUCCAGAUGACGUAUUUGAAACCCUAUUAUAAGUGCGACUUUAAGAGAAUUGCCAAGAAACAUUUCCUUCCUCUGUUGUUAUUUUAGAGAAAUGUAUUUCAUAAUCCAUAUCCUAGUUCAUAUAUUUAUAUGUAUAAUGACCUGCAUUCAUUUACUAAAGCAUCCUAAAUAUGAGACGUGUAUUGUGAGGUAAUAAUUUUCACGGCCACUUAGGAAAAUAUUAUAAAAUGAUGUUCUCUCAUAAGGGAUUUUUUCACAUUCGAAAUCUGUGGUAGCUAAUUAGGUCACUGAAAUUACCCCAUGGUAUCACUUUAGUUUUUGAUUAAUGCAGACAUUUGGCAGUCUCACAUAUGUUCCUCCUGCUUUGGAGUUAAAAUCAAUAUUCUAGAAUAACUGAACAACAGUUGUAGAAUUUUACCCAGAAUCAAAUACACUGAAUAUGAAAAAUAUCCUUUGAUCAUUUCAUCCAAUCAUGUGAAUAGAUUUUAAAAUGUUUGCUGCUCAAUCCAACAUCAAAUGAUAAUAUAACAUUUGAUGUAGAGACUGAACCGUAUAAUCAAUGUAUAAAACCUUACCAUGCAUCAAAUGGCUGUUGUGCUUAAAUAAAUCAUAUUCAUUUGGAACUCUGUGUAAUAAAGAAAGAUGACUGGUU